CUGCAGCUCCGUUCCGUCACAUGACUCCACCCGCUUCCACGUCCAGUCCGACCAGAACCGCCGCCCGAACCUCCAGGUUCUGCCCGGAGUCUCUGGAGAACAUCUGCGGCGGCUGAACGCGCAGGUUUCCGGGUCUAAAUCCUGCUUCCGGGUCUAAAUCCUGCUUCCGGGCCAGGGCAGCAGCUGUUUUCUGGGUUUAGUCCCCGCCGACGGAACAUCCACACAGGAUCCUUUCUGCAACUUUUGGCGGAUUCCUCCGAGGAGAGAGGUCCGGUCCGGUCCGGUCCGUCUGCGGCGCCGGCAGGCAGGAAACCAACAUGCCGUCCAACAAGUCGGUCUCUGACGCUCCCAUCAGCCAGUUCAUCAACUGCAGGAUCCUGAGAGGACACACGCUGCAGAGGGAGGACCUGUGGGUGCGCGACGGGAAGAUCCUGGAUCCAGAGAAGCUGUUCUUCGACGAGCAGGGCUUCGCCGACCGGCUGGUGGACUGUGGAGGCAGCAUCGUGGCGCCGGGCUUCAUAGACGUCCAGAUCAACGGCGGCUACGGCGUCGACUUCUCUCAGCCCACCGAGGACGUCGCAGCUGGAGUUUCUCUGGUGGCCAAGAAGGUUCUGGAGCACGGCGUGACGUCCUUCUGCCCCACCCUGGUCACCUCGCCUCCCGCCGUCUACCACCAGGUUCUGCCUCAGGUCCAGGUUCAUGACGGAGGUCCAGAUGGAGCUGGAGUUCUUGGUUUCCACCUUGAGGGUCCGUUCAUCAGCCCGGAGAAGAAGGGCGCCCACCCGGAGCGGUACCUGCGGACCUUCGGGUCCGGCGGGAUGGAGGACCUGACGGAGGUCUACGGCGGCCUGGACGGCGUAGCCAUGGUGACGCUCGCUCCCGAGCUGCCCCACAGCCAAUCGGUGGUCAGGAUGCUGUGCCAGAAAGGCAUCGCCGUGUCUCUAGGUCAUUCGGUGGCCAACCUGUCGCAGGCGGAGGACGCCGUCCAGCACGGAGCCUCCUUCAUCACCCACCUCUUCAACGCCAUGCUGCCUUUCCACCACCGGGACCCGGGCAUCGUGGGCCUCCUGACCAGCGACCGGAUCCCAGCGGGACGGACCGUGUUCUACGGGAUGAUCGCCGACGGGAUCCACACCAACCCGGCCGCCCUGCGCAUCGCCCACAGAGCCCAUCCUGCAGGGUUGGUUCUGGUGACGGACGCCAUCGCGGCCAUGGGUCUUCCUCCGGGCCGCCACCCUCUGGGCCAGCAGGUCAUUGAGAUCCAGGGUCUCCACGCCUACGUUUCAGGCACCAAGACGCUCAGCGGCAGCAUAGCCACCAUGGACAUGUGUGUGCGCCACUUCAAGCAGGCCUCAGGCUGCAGCGUGGAAGAAGCUCUGGAAGCCGCCUCGCUGCAUCCGGCCCAGCUGCUGGGAAUCAGCCAGAAGAAGGGCAAUCUGGACUACGGCGCCGACGCAGACCUGGUUCUGCUCGACGAUGCGCUCCGGGUCAGAACCACGUACAUCUCUGGAGAGGAGGUGUGGAGGAAGGACGCCUAGAAGAAGAAGAAGAAGAAGAAGCUCUGUGCCUUCACAUUAUUUACUGUUUGAUGGAGACGCUGCAACAUGUUUUUUGGUCCUGACCCAGUUAAAUCGGACUGCGGUUCUGAUCAGCGUCCUGAGCUUUGAUUCAUGACAUGUAACUGAUUAUCAGAGUUAAUUUGAUCAGCUGAUAAAAUGAGAGACACCAGAAUCCAUCAUUGUCGCCUCUGUUGGCGCCGGUUCUGCAUCAGCAUUACAGAACCUCCGGAUCAUCUGCAAACAGCAGGACCGACCCGGACUGGACCAGAACAAAAGCCCAGCGGCUCUGUGAGGAUUCAGGAGCCAGCAGAGAGAGUGUCUGUGUGGUGCAGGCGUCCCCAGCUGACCGGGCCAGGCCCAGAACUAACAGAACCUUUAACUGCUAUCAAAGCAGCAUGGCUCCAAGAUCCAGACCCGACGAGACCAACCUCAGAAUAAAACGCUGCAGGGGAACCAGGAUCCAGAUGAGAAGAUGCAGAACCGGAGGCGGGGCAGAAGUGCUUUAGGAGACGACUAACGACCCAAACGAGGCCUAGAGGUGAAACAGUGAUGAGAUGCUGGAGGUUCUGGAGAGGUUCUGUAGCGGUUCUGGAACGUUCAAUACUACAACAUCCAGAAGAUUAAAAAAAAACUGCCAAAAAAUGAGGAGAAAAUGUAAAGAUUUUAAUUCCAGAGAAGCAGAGACUGAAAGAGGUCCAGAAAAACUUCAGAGAUUCAACAGAACCAGUAACAGAACUGGGCCCUGGUUCUGCUGCCAUGUAAUGAAAAAUGUUUCAUGUAGAACUGAACUCUUUACACCCUGUUUCAGUUACUCGUGGUUCUGAUCCGAUAAAAUGACUGAAUAUUCCGAUGGUGUCUAGAACCCCUGAAAGAUCCGAAGAUCCAACUUUGCUGCUGAGAUUCAGCUGGGUUUAACUUUGGGUCGUGGUUCUGGUGUGUUUUGGACCGUUUGGGUCAACUAAUGUGGAAAUGUUUAAAUAAAAGUUCUUUAAUCACUGA